GGAGGAAGGUGGCGGUGGGGGGAAGGUUAGCCAGCAGCGCAGCCCUAUCCGCCUCUCCCUCAUAAACCAGCCUGUGUUGGGCUGAGCAGGCCCCUCACACAAAGGAGGGCAGGGCAGGCAGGGCUGCCCCCCCUUCCCCCCCGCCUCGGCAGAGGGGCAGCGGGGAGGCGCCCUUCCCCGUGCAUAGCACUCACAGCCACUUACUCCUCUCCCGUCCCCCGUCUUCUCUCUCUCCUCCCCUUCCCCUCACCUCCCCCCACGGUUCUCCCCUCAGCCCCCCGCCCGCUGUCCAUGUAGCCGUCCGGCCGCCGGCCCCUCCGCACUAUGCCCAUCUUACUCUUCCUGAUAGACACGUCCGCCUCCAUGAACCAGCGCACCCAUCUGGGCACCACCUAUCUGGACAUAGCCAAAGGCGCUGUAGAGACUUUCAUGAAGCUCCGAGCCCGGGACCCGGCCAGCAGGGGAGACAGGUACAUGCUGGUCACUUUCGAGGAGCCUCCCUACGCUAUCAAGGCUGGCUGGAAGGAAAACCAUGCAACGUUUAUGAAUGAACUGAAAAACCUUCAGGCUGAAGGACUUACGACUCUUGGCCAGUCCCUAAGGACAGCUUUUGAUUUAUUAAACUUAAAUAGAUUAGUAACUGGCAUAGACAACUAUGGGCAGAGUUGAUCAGAGUUCUCCAUCAGCUGACCUUCUGAACAAGAAUGAUGGCUGAAGGGUCAUUCUGGAGUUGGGGAAAAUCUGCUUCAUAUUUUCUUGCUACUUUAAUGUUUGGAUUUUUAUUAUGAGUCUUUAUCAUAUUGCAUAUGCAAUGAUUGAGUUACCAUGUGAUCAGCUGAUCACAGGAUCUCACAUUUAGAUCUUAAAGGACACUGUCAACACACUUCAAUUGUCAAGAGCCUGGAAGAUUUUUUCAUAAGCUAGUUCUGAUAUAAAUGCUAUGAUAGGGCUCUAUAAAUAUUUUGUCUUACUGAGGAGUUGCUAGAUCCGAUUGUUUUUGGAGGUUUUUGAAAAAAAAAAAGGUUUUGAAAAGUACACAUUUUAAGGUGGCUGUUCCUUUUGCAGCAUGUUCAGAUUGAUAAUUCCAGUGUUUUACUGCUUGGAUCUAAUAGCUUUCUUCUCCUUUAAUAUGCUUUGUGGUGAUUACAGCAGAAGAAUAAACCUUCAAAUAGGGUGUCAGCUUUUAGCAUUUACUAAAAAUAGUGAUCCUUUUCACCUCCUGCAUUUUUGUGGAGAGCUUAGGGAAAAAAAUACAGCAUUUGGAUGUCUCCAGGAAGAAAUCAGUUUAAACACACUAAAUUCAAUAAGUUUGUCGCAUCACACAAAAUAUUGUACUUCAUUAGCCCAGUUUACACUUAGAUAAUUGACUCCUUAUUUUCUCCAGUUCAGCUUUUCCAUUAUUUCAGGUAGUCUGAAAUACCCAGCCUUUUACUGGCAGGUUUUUUGUCCUCUUGAAGUACACUCUUAGCUCUUGCAACUAUGGCUUGUUCAGCAGGAUAUGAGUAGUCAUGGUUUAACCAAAUAGUUUUCAGUAUAGCAAAUGUGCAGCUUGUUAUAGUUCAUAGAAAAUUUAAAUACUGAUAGAUGUUUCUGUGGAAACAGAAAGCAUUCAAAAUGUAGCUGCUGUUAUGGUAGAGUGAAAAUGUAAACAAGUGGUUGAAAUAAACCAUCAGCUUCAAUUACUUGCAGUUUGUAGUGAGGUUUCUAAGCCUAAGCACUGAAUCUAAGGCAGGUAAAAUAUGUAUCAAUGGUGUUUUGAUACUCGCGUGCCAACGACCAGCAUAGCUCUACCAAAGAUGGAAUCUGAUGGAUGUUUGAAAUUGUUAAAACUCUGAUUUAUUGAUACCCUAUGUGUUUCAUGUUGCCUGUUAUUUGUGAAAUGCUGAAAGUCUCUUACUGUUUUUUCAGCAGUAUAGCAUAGAAUAAGGUUUGAGAGGAUAAAAUACACUUAACUGAAUGGAUUUCAAAGUAUUUUUAAUAUUUUUUCAGGGUGAAAUUGCUUUAAUACUGCAUAUAGAAAGUGCUUUUCAAUAAUACAAGCUUUUUAUGAGUUUUUAAAAUCUCACUAGAGUAUCUUGCACAUUUUUCAGCAGCAUUACUACUGCUAUGAGAUGAGUUUGGCUUUUAAACUAAUCUAAUGUAACAAAAGCACAUGCUAACUUUGUUGCUCUGAAACAGAAAAGUCAACUAAUGUGUCUAAUACAAAUGGAUUUAGACUAGAUAUUUUUCAUUCACAGUGAUGAAUAAGAUGCUGCCUGGAUUUAGAUUAGCACAAGAAACACGGUUUGGGUGGCUUACCAGGCUGUGUACCGUCCUGGUGAAAGCCUUUUAUUCUGUAGUGUAUAUCACAUAUGAGCAGAAGCAUAACUAGAAUCUUUUGAAGAAAAAACUAAAAUCCAAAUAAGAAUACACUCAGAGCUGGCAGUUGCAAAGUAUCCUGCAUAUGAUGGCAUUGUUAAAUAAGUUUUUUCCAAGUGUUUUUGUCAUGCCAUGUAUGGCCAUCAAACAACACAGUCUUAGGUUAACUGCUGCUUGACAGUUCUUUCUGAGUAUAGGUUUAGACCUAUUUAUAGCUACAGUAGCAUAACUGCUGAUGUGUUCUCCCAGUAAAACUUGGCAUUGGUCUGUAGAGUUCAGGGUCCUUUGCCACAAUGGCAUAAAUACUGUAGUAUUCCAAAUACAGGUAAACAGUGUAACUAGCAGAUAAUGUCUAAUCAUACUUGUAGACACAAGACAGCUCUAAGUCACACAUUCUAGGCUGACUGCUUGCUUAUAUGCUUGUCUAGGAUCUCCUGAGCUUAUAAAAUCACAAAAAUCACAUGUGAAAGAAAUGCUGUUCCCUAACAUGGACUACAUUAUGCUUCUGCAGUGAUAUGUUCUGUUUUCUUUAAAUUGUGGAGCAGUUUUAUUUUCCCAAGAGACUUUUGAGGCUUGUUACUGGAUUUUGUUACUCUCAAAAGUCAAAAUCCUUUGAAGUAUGGCUUUUGUCUUGGUAUUUUGGGAUCAUAAUGCACUGCACUGAAAUGGCCUGUGCUGCAUGUGCCUCCAAAUUUGGAACCAAAGUUUAGGUUAGCAUUUCCUGCUUUGUCAUGCUGGCACAGUUGCACAUGCAGUUUGCUUCUCAUGUUAGUAGAGGCAGAGAUUUACACUUCUAGAGUAGCUCUCCUGGUCUCUUUUUUUUGCCCCCCUCCCCCAAGAAAACAAAAUAGGAGAAUUUCAGACAGUAGUAAAAAACAUCACAAGUGUAAGUGUAAUAAUGGCAGAAAUAUGAGAGGCUUUCUCGCAGUCUCAUAUUUUCUGUGGAAUGGCAAUAGAUUUAACAUGAACCUGUAUGCCUGCUGAUGUCAAAGAUCUGUAUGUGAAGUGCUGGUAAAAAUCAUUCUCAUCUGCUGUGUGGUGAAAUUAAGCAUAUUGGUUUGAACUUACGCCUUUUAGACCAUAACAUUUAAACAUGCUGUCCUUGUUUUAGAAUACCCUCUAGUGAGAGCUACAGCAGGCAUUGUUAAGGUUUUUUUCUCACAUUGUGAUGUGGAACUGCUUGCCCUUUAACACUCACAGCACAACAGAGUUCAGCCAAAGUCUUAAAUGUUUUUAAAAUCACUUGUCUAGUUCCAAUCCAGUAUGUUUUUAAAGAAUUUGAAACUUUCAUGAAGUAUUUAAUUUUUUCCAAUGCAAACAUUUUCAUCAAUCUGUUCCAGUAGCAGAAAGAGGAUUUUCAAAUUUCAAGGAUCAACAAAUUUGAUUUGGAAGGGGCAGUGCCGUAACAUGUUCAUUCAUAAUUUAUUUGCAUACUCUGCAUUUUGUCCAGUUAUAUUGAACAAAUACAGAAUAUGUCACUGGACUCACAUAGGGCACUGAUGGUGUUUUCUGAUGCUCAGUAUACAGAAUGAGUGAAAAGUGGUCAUCUCCAUUGCAACAGUUCUGCCCUCCUAUCUUUGAAUCCCAGAAUCCCAACUUGAUUGUGUGCAUCUUCUGUUAGGCACACUCAGCCUAGAUCACUGCUCUGGAACUCGCGGCCUCUCAUGGGUUCAUAGUUGCACUAACUUUGCUUCAAGUUGUGUGACUUCAUGUAGUAAAAUAAAUCAGUGAUUGAUCAGUGACAUUAAUAAACUGGACUGAACUGUGGUGGUUCAGAAUUGGUUUAGAACAGCCAAGUUGCUCCUGCUGUUGUGGUGGUAAACUCCAGGAAGGAAUUGUGGGGGAGUCGUUGGGAAGUUAUUCUGAAGAAUUGCUCUGUGUUCAUAGGUCAAUAAGCUACUUUUAGUCAGUUUAUCAGUACUCUGGAUUAUUAACCCCCUAAUUUGUGGGGAGAUUUUUGUAAACAAGUCUGUCUCUUCUUCUUGGUGGUGUGUAUUUUGGUUAGGUUUUUUCCCCUCUAACUAGUGUGUGGGCAGCUGUAGGACUUGUUACCCUUCUCUAGCAUAUGGAGAGCAGAGGCCUGGCUUAGUCUGUGAAUUGCACUGACUGAGCCAGAACCAGCUGUGUAAGGUCAUUGCUGUGAAGCAGAGAGGCUUCUGUAAUUAGGGACUUGAUCCAGGGCUUGGCAAGGUCAGUUAUUUUUGGAAUAAAACAUUCAGAAAUAUUUUUAGGAAAUAAAACCAAAAUCAUCUUAAACUCAGAGUCAUUGGAACUGACUUUAAAGUUAUGUUUGGUAUGGAUUGUGUUAAUUUAUUUUUCUUAGAAAAAGUUUAUAAAGGCUCAAAUAGAACCUAUUUUUAGCAGCUCACAUUUACUAUGCUCACGCAAAUAACUUCAAAAACUCCUGUAACUUAUUGGCUGAUUAUCCAAUUUCAGAUGAUUCCAGUAGUGAUGCAUUUAUUAAUCUGUAACUAACUGAUAAGGUGCAUCUUUUUCUAUAAGUUACCUUAAAAAUAAGAUACAAGUUGUGAUUGCAGUUGAUUUUGCUGCUUAGGUAAAUAAUUUAAUUUCAUUUAAGAAAAAGUUCUUCCCCUUCUGGCAUUAUACAUCUGUCACAUCAGUACUUAAGUGUUUCAAAUGCUAGUGGCAUUUUGUGUUUCAUUUUAAUGUGAUUUUUCAUUGCUUAGUUACUUGCUGGAAUUCAUUGUAUAUAAAAUCCCUGUUCUAUGCAUGUUUUUUUUUAACUGUGAUGUAAUUGUGAAAGAUUGAAGGACUUGAAUUGUUUUUGAAACUUACUAAGGACCUAAUCUAAAUUGGAACACUUACUAGUUAAUCAAGAAAUUAUCACUUAUAUAAUGUGAUAUUUAAAACUCAAUUAGAUCUGUUCUUAAAUGAAAGAAAGAGGGCAAACAUAUAUAUUAACCUGUGGUUUUUGAAACUCCGUGACUUACUAAUGUUGGGACUUCUCUGAUUUAGGCACAUGAAAGUAUCUUGAGGUUUUAAGCUUGAGGUCUUAGUAAAUCUAAUGUAUUCAUCAUUCCUUUAUUGUUCAACACAAACAGAGCCUUAAACUGCUUCCUUAACACAUGCCUUCUGUUUUCAUGUGUUUAUUAUUUAGUAUGGAGAUUGUGUAUUCCAAAAUGAUCUGUUCUUGCAUUGAAAAUCAUUUUCAGGCUGCUUUGAGUUGCCUCUUUUGUUUUCUUGCUGUUAGGUUUGGUUUUGUUCUUGGCAUAAACUUUAUGAGGGAGUUCCAAAAUGGCUGAAGUUGUGCAACUAAAUAGUCUUUAAGCAGUUCAUUCAAUGCCAGACUUGGAAACUCAAUGUGUAAAGUUAUGAUCAUCUAUGAAAAUGAUACUAAGCACAGAGAAUUUUCUCGUGGCAUGUUUCAGGAUGGAUAUGCAAUGAAAUCAUUGCCUAUAGAAGACAAACUUGCAAUCUUUAGCAAAGCAAGCAGUUGAUAUGCUUAGAUAUAUUUCUGUGACUUUGUUUUUGGAAAUGGGUUUGCUGUCUCUUGUGCAAUUCAGAUAGGUGUUUUGUCUCUAGCAUUCCUAGUUAUAGAAGUGAUAUCUGACUGGAUCUUUGGUUUUUGCUGUUCAGCUUUGACUGGACAUGGCUAGUUUAAGGUGAUGUGUUUGGAGGUUCAGUAAUCAAUUGAAGUCAUAAAUGGCUAUUUUAAAAAAGAUUUUUGGAGAUAAUGCCCAGGUCCAAAAUACCAAGGAGCAAAUGACUUGCUUUCUUUCCAUUUAUUUUCCUCAAUACCUUAAAUUUGCUUUUCUUAAAUAGAACUUAGGUAGCCUGUGUUAUGGACAUAAUGGUUGUUUCAAGAAUUUUCCUCUAAUUCUGUAACUGAUAUGCUGAGGAGUUUGAUCUCUGGCUCAGCCUUAGGAAAAUCUGCUGUUACAAUUGUGUUUGGCUUUGAAAGCCUUUUGCUAACUGAUUUUUCUUUAAAUUUCUUUUUAUUUAAGUCUAUAACUUAUUUUUUUCCUGGUUGCCUGAAAUGCAGAAAGCUUCAUGCCACCAAACAGUGAUAUGUACAAACACUGUGUGAACAAAAAUUAUUUCAUUUACUCCUAAUCUGUAAUGCUAGUAAGAAAUGAAACUGAAACCAUGUAACUGCUCUGUAAUCCUACAUAAGUAUUCCAGUUAAGAAACAGUGACUAGCCAUGUCUUGGGCAUUGAAGUAACUCUUAGGUAUUUGUUAAGUAGUUAACUAAAGAAUUGUCUACAACAUGGGAAAUUAAUUUGCCUACAGUAACUUUACUGUAGUCUAUGGAGGAGGACAGCUGAAUUUAGGUUUUGUAGUCUUGCCUCAUGGAGGAAAGAUAUUCUUUGGUAGCUAUCCUUACUGUAAAAUUGUUGCAGUUUUGUUGGCUUUUGGAGUAUGAGUGCA